UUUUUUCAAAUUAGUGAUAUAUCAAAUAAUAAUCUUUCUGGAAACAUUUCUUCUUCAUGGUGCAUGUCAAAAUCAAAUUUCUCAAAUAAUAAAAAUAUAGGUGGUUAUAUUCCAUGUUGCUAUAGCUUUUUUAUCAAUGAUACAAUGGUCGGUUCGUGGUUUAUGGGCACAUCUACAAUAGUUGAUGAAGCUUGUUUAAACAUUAAUUUCCCAAAAAUUGAUAUAAGUUCAAGUGAUAAUAAAACAUAUAUAGCAGGUGGAUAUUUAGGUUUUCAUGACAACUCAUUCUAUACUGAUCCAUCAUAUAACUGGGUAAUGGAAAGAGUAGGUACUUUGUUCUCCUGUAGCAAUUGCGGUUUACCUCAAGUUUUUAAUAUUACAUUUCCAAGCUCUAAAAAGACAUAUACCAUUGCAAACUAUGAUGCUCCACCUAAAUUAGAUUACUAUUCAAUUCAAGAUAAAACAUUCCAUGGUUCCUAUUUUGGCUAUGACUAUAAUUUAAUUCAUUUAGAAAUUGUUGGUGUUAGUAAUUGUACAAUUAAACAAUCUUCAUUUUAUUCAAUUACAAUCUCAAGUUGUCCAAAUAUAACAUUUGAUGAAAAUAAAAGCUAUAAUAUUAAAAUAUCAGUUGAUAAACAGUCAUCAAGUUUCCAAGUUAACCCAACAAAUGGUCAAGUAUGUUCGAAUGAUAAAUGUAAUAACCAUGGUGUAUGUGAUCUAAAUAGCCAAGGUCAAUGCGUAUGUGACAAGGGAUAUCUUGGUUCAAGUUGUGUUGCACCCAAACAAUGCCCAAACUGUUGUGAUACCAAUGGUAGAUGCGAUAAUACUACCGGUAUUUGUAAUUGCCAUAAUCCAGUUAAAUGGUUUGGUAACAACUGUCAAUACCCAUAUCACUUUGUAACUACAAUAGAACCGGCAUCCAAUCUUACCAAUAAUAUUGCAUAUUUCAUUGGUUGGUUUGGCGAUGACUAUCACAAUAAUGUAUCGGUUACAAUAUCACCAAUUGGGUCUUGUACAAAUAUUAAUAUCAAUAGUACAACUCUUAGCUGUACCAUUAAUAGUACAAAUGAAACACUACCAGAGGGUAUAUAUGGAAAUGCAACUGUAACCCAAAAUAAUUUUACAUGGAUAGGUAUUGGCCAGUAUUAUUUCGAAAGAUCAAUCAAAGAAUGCCCAAGUAACUGUACAAACUCUAAUCAAGGCAAAUGUGUUGAAGGUAUAUGUCAAUGCUAUAACAAUUGGAUAGGAUUUGAUUGUGGAACUUUUGAUUCUAAAAAUAGUAAUAACGGGAAUACAGCACCCCCAAUUAUCGAUACAGUAAUUUCAAAUAAUGGCACCACAACCUUCAAUAUAAAUCAAGAUCCAAAUAAACUAUAUUCAGAUUAUCAAGUUUUUAUAACCAAUUUAAUAGAGGUUGAUAUUAACAAUAAUCCCAUAUCAAUCUACCCUCUAUUUAAUAAUUGGGUAUUAAACUCAAUUAAAUACACAGAUUUUAACUCUAUGAAUGGUAGAAUAUUUAACUUUUCCCAAACAUUGCAAUCAACCAGAUGGUAUACCUCAACAAUCUACAUGACCAUCGAAGAAAUCUCCUCCAGUAGAAUUGAAAGUUUUGUUAAUAUUUUAUUCCCAUUAGAAUCAAAUUCAGUCAAAGUAUCACUCUCUAUAAACAACUAUCAAUUUUCAAACUCUUUAAAUACUUUACAACUCUAUAUGAAUUCAACAAUGGAGACUACAAAUAACAAUUUUAAAUAUAAAUCUGGUCAACUUAAACAAAGAUGCUACAAAAGCGGUAACAAUGUAACCAGUUUCCAAAAUGACCAAUUUAACUAUUUCUUAAUUCUAAAAGAAAAUGUUAAACUCUAUGGUAGAUUUUUAAAUAAAAUCAUCGCUGAUGGUAGAACAACCUGGAUAUCAACAUCAAUUCAAACCAAUUCAUAUAGUAAUAAUACUUCAAAAAACCCAAAUACUGACUAUGACUUUAUAACAGUUAAAUUAAAUUUACCACAUUGUAUUAAUAAUUGUAUUGUGGAUCCUGGUACGUUUUUAAAACAAUAG